AUGAUGAUGAAGAUGAAGACGCCUGAAAGUCUGAUGGAGUCUGAAUCAGAGAGAAUGGUCGGCACCGGGGAUCCUGCAGUGCAUGAUGGCAGCAUCAUCAUCAUCAUGUUCAUGUUCAUCUUCAUCAUGGCCAACCUAAUCAUCACCAUCUUCAUCGUCCUCGCCGCCUUUGUGGGCGGAGCCUCUGAACUGGCCUUCCUAAAAGAACCUAGUGAUGUCAUCGCGGUGAGGGACCGCCCCCUGCUGCUGGACUGCGAGGUGGAAGGGGAGGGGCCUAUUUCUGUGACCUGGCGACGCAACGGAGUUCCCGUGGCAACCGGCGUCAGGGCCACCGUGCUGGCCAAUGGGACGCUGCUGAUCAGAAACUUCUCCAAGAGGCGGGAAAGCAACGAGACGGACGCCGGCGAGUACGACUGCGCCGCACAGAACCGCUACGGCAUGCUGAUCAGCCGCAAGGCACGCGUUCAGCUGGCAUCUCUGCCGAAGUUCCUGUCUCACCCAGAGUCAGUGGUGGUGGAUGAAGGGGGCGUGGCCAGACUCACCUGUCAGGUGAAUGGAAUCCCAGAGGCCAACAUCACCUGGCAGAGAGACCGCCGCCCACUGAGCCAUGAGGACGCCAGGUACACUCUGCUGCCUAACGGCGUGCUGCAGAUCACCGGCGUUCGGCAGGCGGACAGCGGCGCUUACCGCUGCGUCGCCGCCAACAUCGCCAACACGCGCUACAGCCACGAGGCCCAGCUGUCCGUCACCGUUGCCGGGUCCAGGAUCUACCGGGAGCCCGUGAUCCUGUCUGGACCACAGAACCUCACCAUCACCGUCCACCAGACCGCCAUCCUGGAGUGCAUCGCCACGGGAAACCCCCGGCCCAUCGUGUCCUGGAGCCGCCUCGAUGGGCGCUCCAUCGGCGUGGAGGGGAUCCAGGUUCUCGGGACGGGGAACCUGAUGAUCUCAGACGCCUCGCUGCAGCACUCCGGCGUCUACGUCUGCUCGGCCAACCGGCCGGGGAGCCGCGCCCGCCGCACGGCGCUGGGCCGGCUGGUGGUGCAGGCUCCUCCGGAGUUUGUGCAGUGGCCGCAGUCUGCGUCUCGGCCAGCGGGGGGCAGCGCCGUGUUCAGCUGCACGGCGCAGGGCGUCCCGGAGCCGCACCUCAUCUGGCUGAAGAACGGCAAGAUCCUGACCCCCGGCGGCAACGUCAAGCUCACCAACAACAACACGACGCUGGCCAUAACACGCAUCACCCCUGAGGACGAGGCCAUCUACCAGUGCAUCGCGGAGAACAGCGCCGGCACCAACCAGGCCAGCGCCCGGCUCGCCAUCAGCCAGGGCGCCGAGCCGCCCGAGGCCCCUGCCGGCCUCAAGGCCACGCCCCUUUCUGCCAACGGCCUGCAGCUGACCUGGGAGCAGCCGCCCGAGCACGUCAGCCAGCACAUCAUCGGAUACGUCCUGCACAUCCGCCGGCUGGGCGAGCCGGACAGCCAGGAGCUGCAGGAGGCCGUCAGCAAGUCGACGUUCCAGCACGAGUUCUCCAACCUGGAGGCGGCGACCACCUACUCCAUCUACCUGAAGGCGUACUCGCCUCUGGGCGCCAGCCAGCAGUCCCACACCAUCAUCGCCACCACACUGGGAGGCGUCCCAGCGACUCCCAGUUUCUUCACCCGGGUUCUGAACCAGACGGCGAUGCAGGUUUACUGGGAGCUUCCCAGUAAGCCGGGGAAGGUGGAGGGCUUCAGGCUGCUCUACCAGGGGGUCUCCCACCCCGACCUCCAGGGGCAGGAAACCUUCCCAGGACACAUCAACACACACACCAUCUCCCACCUGGAGCCCGCCGCCGUCUACGAGCUGCAGCUGCUGGCCUUCAACGGGAACGGAGAGAGCCCGCCCACCAGGCGCCUGGUUUCUCUGGCCGAGGAAGACGCCGCCGCCGCCGCCGCAGGCGGUCCGACCUGUAACUGUGAUCAGGGUGUCGAGGGUUCGAUGCCCGGCCUGCUAAUCGGCAUCCACACCGGCCUGGCCUGCAUCCUCUUCUGCCUCCUCUUCCUCAUGCUGGGAUACCGCCACAGUUUGCUGUGCAGGAAGUCGGGCAGCUGGGAGGCUCCUGAGGCCCUGAGGCCCCGAACCCCGAAACACAGCCAGACCCCCGAGAGCCUGGAGCUCACGUCCCAGAGACAAGACUCCGCCCCCGCUCCAGUCAUGGUCAUGGUGGAACCGUCUCCCCCCGUCCGACAGGGCACAGGCACAGGCUAACCAGCACCUCCUCCUCCUCCUCCUCCUCCUCCUCUUCCUCCUCUUCCUCCUCCUCUUCCUCCUCCUCCUCCUCUUCCUCCUCCUCCCUGAAACCGGCGGGGCGGCGGCUCCUCUCCGGCUCUGCCUGCCAAAGCCUUACAGCCCGUUUUAGUGAAUUAGAUUUGAGAUUAAUUUUGAGAUUGAUAAGAAUGAUGAUGAUGAUGAUGAUGAUGAUGAGCUUGUCUGAGGACAUCCAGGGAGCAUCUUCUGCCACACGGAGACCAAACAAAACAAAACGACCUACAGAAACUUCCUGUCUGAAAGGUUUUUUUUCCAGUUUGGUUCAUGGAGGCCAAAAGGAUGUUUUGAGUUACCAUGGUUACCAAACAGGACAGGAAGUUUCGGUAACGACCUCUGGUUUAUAAGAUGAGGGAUUGAUAUCUAAGAUGUCCACAUGAUUUCCUGUCUCCUGAAACCAAAGCCGAGUGUUUUUAUUCACUUUCUGUUCCUGCGCCUUCGAUUUCGCCGUCACAUGAUCCGGUUCCCCUGUCGGCCAUGUUGGUCCCGCCGUGGUUCCCCGUGUGGCUUUAGAUGCUGAUGCUGUAACGUCCGGGAUGCUUCCUGAUGAAACCAAAACCUUUUUCUUCCCAGUUCAGCUGGGAGCAUUUGAGUUUGUCACCAGAGAUGCCGAGACACCGAGGCCUUCUGCCGGCCUGACCAGAGAGCGGCGCCGAGGGGGCGGGGCUGAUGCUGUUAGCUAACGGUUAGGCCCUGAUCCUCCUGAGGCCUGGAGCCAAAGGGAUUCUCUGGUCAGCCGGCGCACGCAGGGGGCGGAGUCUUGUUUCACGAGCUGGAAGAUGAAGCUCGGGCGACGUGUUCUCGUUCGCUCGGCUUUAGCCUCUCCCAGUGUGAUGGAGUUGAUUGUUUGUCUCACCACGUUAGCCUCAUGGCAGAGCGUCGCGUAGAGAGGAACCGAGUCUCAGCUGGUUGUCCAACCCUUUCUUCUUCUACUUCUUCGUCUUCCUCCUCCUCUUCUCCUCUGUCCUGUUCUACCUCUCUGCUCCCCUGCCAAAACUCUACCUCCAAAGAAAGCUACCUCAGCUCGACGCCACACGUCAGAGCUACCUGGGUAACCAUUUUGCCUCGUGCUGCUGGUCAAGCUAACCUACCUCAAAACCAAAAGGCUCCUCUGGUGCCACUUUGCUCUCUUUUCUACUUUUUGUGUGAAUGCCAGUGUCCCAUGCCAGUCUGUGCCCCGCCCUGUCCCUCGAACACACUUCCUGUCAGGAAACACAGGAAGUCUUGGACUUGGAACGCCGCUGGUCUGAACCUUCCCCCCUCUCCUGGAGAAUGGUCUGCUCCGUCUCAGUCUCCUGGAGGGGAAGAUGCCAGCUCGCCUUGCUCAUGUACCUCUGUCUGAUCCAUGACUGCCAGUUUCUGCCAGAACCCAGAACCCAGAACUCGUCCAUGAACUCGUCCAUUUUAAGCUCUCAAAUGAAUAUUUUGUUUUGUUAAUUAGUUUGCGGUCUAAAGACGUGAUGGGGUUUUCAGUUCAGACUCCAGAACAGGACCUUCUCGCGGAGCCGGGAGGUGUUUGUCUUCUGGACUGACCUGAGAUCUGUGGCGACGUGAGGAACAUCCACCGUCCGUCUGCGAAGAGGCAAUGAGGAACUGAGCAGCCAUGGACCGACUCUAGAUCCUGACGGAGAUGCGACAAGGCAGCAAGGUGUGGACAUGACAGACGUCCGUUCAUCUCAUCGGGACGUCCCGGCGUCUCCUGUCCAACUCGACUUGAAGUAUUGAUGUGUCUUUUUUCUGAGGCGGCUGUUUUCAUGAAGCUGGACGCCGUGCCUCUGCAGCGUUUUGUCAAAGAACUUUAAGCCCUCAUUUUGAAACUGACUGACCUCUUCUGUUUCCAAACUAAUUUCUGAGGUUUCCUCUCUGAGAUUCUUGUAAACAUACAGCACAAGUCCCUGUUUUGUGUAGAGUUCAACUGCAGUCAAACUUUCCAAAUAUUCUUUGAGAACCAACCUGAACGACGUCCAAAGAAGAGUAAGAGUUCCUGUUUUUCACAGUUCUCCUCGAUCUGUUUUGGUUCUGGUUCCUGUGUCAGAGGAACCGGAGCAGAGGAGCCGAUCAACAAACUAAACCAAAAGAAGAAUUCGGCUUCCUGCUCGUCUUCACUCUCACUGUGUUCCUCUGGCUGUGGAACUUUCCAUUUAAAGAAAAAAGAACAUUUCGAGAACAGAAUAUAUAUUUUCAUAUAUUGUUACAAGAUGACCUCUCUGUGUAAGAAUGAGUUUAAAAUAGCCAAAUAACUGUUUCCUGAAUGAUAGAAACACGAUAACCAAAUGCCUCCUACAGAUUCUAACAUAGAGACUGAAGAUAAUAUUUGAUUUGCUUUUAUUCUGUUUCAGUCGGAACGUCUUCAGAGCGCCGCGUUCCCCGACACGCCCACAGAGACCUCGAGGACUUUUCACCAUAAAAACAAAUUCUCAUUUCUGUCGGGGCUCAGAUCUCAUCUCUGUUCUCCGGAACUGGAACCCAAACUUUAAAAUGCGUUCUGUCAAACUGAGUCAAUGCAAAUCCUCUUCCUAUUGAUUUGAAUGGAGUCCUACAGGAAGCCAAUGGGAUCUGUCCUCAGGAUGUUUUCUGCUUCCUGUUUGAAAUGCUGUAAAUUCAAAUAUUCAGCUAUGACAGUGGCAGAAACAGGCAGGAAGUUUCCAGAAACAAACACACCUGAAUGUCCUCGAGGUCAAAGGUCAGCUGUUGGGGGCCGUGGCGCCGACUUCCUGUCUCCUGAUGAUUCUGUUUGUAUUCCUACAACAACAAAACAAAAAACUUUGGGGAAAAAGUUUUUUUAUGAUAAUUUUGGCUGUUCUUUUUCUAGAACUUCUUUCAUUUCAUUAUUUUUUCCCCGUCGCUGCCCUCUGGUGGUAGAAAAAGGGAAAUUCUGCCAAAAUGAAGACCUACCGUUCUUUUGUUUUUAAAAUGUUAUUAUUAUUGGUAUUAUAUUAUAAUUAUUUCCAUGUUAUUCCCUUCCCCUUCGAUUUCCCUAUAGUUUGAGUUAUUAUUUUCAUCUUGUAGUUGAAUGAUGUGUAAAUGUUUCUAGGAUUUGAGAAAUGUCGGCAGGAGGCGGAGCAGAAAGCAGCUGAUUGGUCCAGAUGGACUCUUGCCAUGUUUAAUAAGCCAUAGAUUUAAAUUCUAAGCCAUAUUCUACACAGCCUCACUUUGAGACCGGCUGCAACGUACGCAGUCAGAAAUAUUAUCGUUUCCCCCGCAGGAAGUGCGACAGACACGACGACGUGCACGCUCAGCGAAAACUGACGCCGUCGACAGUAACGUCGACACCGAAACGUCAGUUUAGGUGAAAUGUUCCUUUUCUCACCUCUGACAGGAAGUAAGUUGGCGAACAAACUAAAUUCUUGAACAAAUUUACUUCUGUCAAAAACAUGAUGAGCGAGACAGAUGAGUAAAACCUUUCAAAAUAAACUCCCGGCCAUGUCUGGGUUUCAGGAGCAUUCAAGAUUAAAACUUUUGAAAAAAACUGCGAGCGUCGUCCGGGGGAAACGUUUUAUUCCUUUACACAGAUUAUGCUGCUCUGGUAGUUACACACUGUUUACAGAGUAUUUAAAGACUAUUUACUGAUACAGAUUAUUUCCAGAUUAUCUACAGAUUAUUUACAGACUGUGUACAGAUUAUUUCUAGAUUAUGUUAUUAACUCUUAUUACUAUAUUAUUUACAGGCUGUUUCCAUCCAGCAUUUCCAGAUUAUCUACAUGUUAUUUCCAUAUUAUCUUCAGAUUAUUUCGAGGUUAUUUUCAGUUUAUUCCUGGACAGUCGUGGCCCGCCUCUCCCUGUUGACGCCGAGUAGAAAACAGUCGAGACGUAGAGAACGUAGAGAACCAAGGCUAGAACCAAUGAGAAAAGCGAUGCUUUAAUGUUUAAAAAUAUUCUUUUCUCUGAAACAUUUUUUGUUUGACGCGUCA